GGCCGCGGCGCCAGCCGAGUUGAUAACGCAGCUCCUCUGCCCACACUCAAGAUGGCGGCCGCGGCCUCGCCCAAUGGCCGCGUUCUCUCGCCGCCUUCCUGCCCGCCGAUUGGCUGCCAGCCUGCAAGAUGGCGGCACAAAAACUUCCGUCCCGGGCGGAAGUGCGGUGCAAGAUGGCGGCGUACGAGAAGCGGCGAGCGGCCGCCGCCCCGGUGCCGGCGGGGGGCAGCGGGCCGCCAGAGCCGGGGCGGGCAGCGCCGGGGGGCGGCGUGCCGGCGGAGGGCAGCGCGGCGGACUUCCUGCUGCGCGCCGGCGUCACGGCCAUGGUGCGGGAGGCGCUGCUGAAGGUGCUGGAGGCGCGGCCCGCCGAGCCCGUGUCCUUCCUGGCCGAGUACUUCGAGCGGCUGGUGCUGGCGGAGGCGGCGGCGGAGCCCGCGGGGCCCCCGCAGCGCGUGGCGCGGGCGCUGUGGUACGUGUGCCUGGCUCACCACUCGCACAGGACGGCCUUCGACAGCAACGCCGGCGCGGCCUACGAGGUGCUGGGCUGCGGCGGGCGGCGGCGGGCGGCGGGCGUGGACGGGCGGCUCUACAGCGAGCUGCUGCGGCGCAUCUGCCAGCGCGGCGCGGCCCCGGCCGAGGCGGCGGCCGAGCUGCUGCGCCGCGUCCGCUGCCGCGACCACGAGGCCGUGCCCUUCGACGUGUUCCGCUACGGCGUGCUCACCUGCUGCGUGCUGCUGGAGUUCGCGGCCAAGGCGGACGCGCUGUUCGCCGUGCUGGGCGCCGGCGGCUCGGCGGACAGCCGGCUGUGCCAGGCCGUGCUGCGGGCGCUGGAGGACGCGCUGGGCGCCGGGCACGGCUCGCGGCCCGCCCGCUACCUGGAGGCGGGCUCCAGGCUGGGCCCCGACCGGCUGGCGCUGGCCAUGGAGCAGGCGCUGCAGGAGAGGAAGCUGGGCUCGUCCAUGAGCAGGGAGGAGUUCCUGAGCAAAGCCACAGCCCUGUUCAUAGCCAAGGUGAAGCCCGUGGAGUGAUGGAGCAGCGCUGCCCGCCCUGAGGGCCCCUCUCUGAGCACGGGGUGCUGGCUGGAGAGCCCUGCUGUGCCCAGCAAGGGAUUCCCGGUUUCCACACUCCCUGCCCGGCAGCUCCGUGUCCCUGCAUGGCCCAGCUGUGCUGGGAGAUCCCUUCAGGGUUAUCCAGGACUCACACGGAGGCUGUGACCCGCAGAGCUGCUCCGGGCAGUGAAAUGACCCAGAAGGAACAAAGCGUGGGGCUGGGCUGUGGCUGCACAGGGGCAGCUGGGGAGGGCCGAGGUGGUUUGGGAUGUGGAGUGCAGGCUCUGGAUGAGACACAUCCCCUCCUCCCGGGACCAGCUGCGUGUCUGGCCGGGGGUUAUUUAUUUAUUAUUUAUACUGUUCGAUUCCUGGUUUACUGUAAGACAUUAAAGCUUUUUUAUGACUU